AUGAAAAUAGUGAGGAAGCUGGAAAUGUUGAUAGCAGUGUUGGUGUUCGUCAUGGCAGCAUGUUUUUUCGGAGAAAUGGCUUUUGUAAAGCCUCCAGCAAAAGAUGUGCUUAAGGGAAUGUUUGUCCCCAAGCUCUCUGGUAAUGGAGCCACCGGCGAUGCCAUUGCCCUACUCGGCGCCCUCAUCAUGCCGCAUAACCUGUUCCUCCACUCGGCUCUUGUGCUCUCUAGGAAAAUACCAAAUUCUGUUCGUGGCAUCAAUGAUGCAUGCCGAUUCUUCUUGAUAGAGAGUGGAUUUGCACUCUUUGUAGCUCUCCUAAUCAAUAUUUCGGUCGUCUCUGUAUCGGGCACUGUUUGCUCAGCUCAAACCCUCUCGAAUGACAAUGCAGAUAGAUGCAACAAUCUCAAUCUUAACUCUGCCUCAUUCCUUCUAAAGAAUGUGUUGGGAAAGUCAAGCUCUAAGGUUUAUGCCAUUGCAUUACUAGCCUCAGGGCAAAGCUCCACCAUUACAGGCACUUAUGCUGGACAAUAUAUCAUGCAGGGUUUCUUGGACAUCAAGAUGAGGAAAUGGAUGAGGAACUUAAUGACCAGACUAAUUGCCAUCUCACCUAGUCUUGUUGUCUCCAUCAUUGGUGGAUCAUCGGGAGCUGGCCGUCUUAUCAUCAUCGCAUCGAUGAUACUAUCAUUUGAACUUCCAUUUGCUCUAAUCCCUCUGCUCAAAUUCAGUAGCAGUGCCACCAAGAUGGGGCCACACAAGAACUCCAUAUAUAUUAUCGUGAUCUCCUGGCUGUUGGGACUGGGAAUAAUUGGCAUCAACAUCUACUACCUGAGCACAGGCUUUGUCGGCUGGCUAAUUCACAACAGUUUGCCAAAAAUAGGAAAUGUGUUCAUCGGAAUUCUAGUAUUCCCGUUAAUGGCUGUCUAUGUCCUUACUGUCAUCUAUCUCAUGUUCCGGAAAGACACCGUCGUCACGUUCGGGAGGAUCUGGCUGACAUCCCACUGCCGGAAUAGAGGUAAGGGGUCACCAGGGAAGUGGUUUAAUUACGCCGUUGCCGGCACAGGAGGCGAAAAGAGGCAUUCAAAUGGUGAUUCCCCCGGCCAAGCACUUCUCUGGAGGGGUGUUCCGGCACUUAUUAUCGUGAUCUCCUGGCUGUUGGGACUGGGAAUAAUUGGCAUCAACAUCUACUACCUGAGCACAGGCUUUGUCGGCUGGCUAAUUCACAACAGUUUGCCAAAAAUAGGAAAUGUGUUCAUCGGAAUUCUAGUAUUCCCGUUAAUGGCUGUCUAUGUCCUUACUGUCAUCUAUCUCAUGUUCCGGAAAGACACCGUCGUCACGUUCGGUAAGCCAACGAAGAACGAUAUGGCCCAGAUCAGAAUGGAGCACGGGCAAGGCGAUGCCGACAGCGUGCCUGAGCUGGAGCCUGUGCCUUACAGGGAGGAUCUGGCUGACAUCCCACUGCCGGAAUAG